AUGCAUCCCUUGUUACCCUUCUCUGUGCUUCUUUCAAUUUUCGACCAUGUCCAUGCAGUCAGAAUACCAUUUCAAGUCCGGACGCUUGUUGAAAACUCCUGGACCUCCGUUGACCGGCUAGGCCGCCGUGCCCCCACGAACAACAUACCUAUCAAGAAUAUUCACAAUGCCCAAUACGUUAGCAAUAUCACCAUCGGGGAUCAGCAGGUAGCACUCAUGCUGGAUACUGGGAGCUCUGACAUGUGGGUCAGCUUCCCGAAGACUACGCCUCAAACAACAGAUACGGGGACUGAAAUCACACUGAGAUAUGCUGUUGGGAAAGCCCAAGGCCACAUUCGCACUGCACCAGUGACCAUUGGAAAUUUCACCAUUGAUAACCAAGCGUUUUUGAUGGUCACCGACACAACAACAUUCUCUGGCGAUAUCCAUGCCCAAGGAUAUGACGGACUCAUUGGCUUCGGGCCGAAUGACGGCUCUGUAAUCCAAGACAAGUUGAAGGGAGACGCAGGAGACACCCUUCUCACGAACAUAUUCCAACAGAACCAGACUCAGCAGAACUACAUUACCAUGCUUCUGGAUCGCAAAGGUGAUCCUCGGGAGGCAUUCACCGGGCAGAUGACCAUCUCCGAGCUUGUUCCAACGUUUGAGAACAUCACCACUAUGCCAAAGCUAGACGUCAAGAUGUUACUGAAGUUGAUAGACUCAGACCAACACUGGCAAGCAGUCACGGACUCCGAUAAUGGUGUUAUUGGUCCAGAUGGGUCCGUUCUGAAGAUGAAAUCCCUUGUACCCAAAGCACCUAAAGGCAAAUUUGUUGCCGUUAUCGAUUCCGGAUUCACAUUCAGGUCAGUUCCGCGAGAUAUCUCUGACGCAAUCUACGGCCGUGUUCGCGGGGCCGUCUACGACACUGAGAAUGAAUAUUGGACCGUCCCUUGCGGACAAUACCUCUCCCUCAGCUUCCGAUUUGGAGGCGUCGAGUAUCCCGUCCAUCCCAUGGAUAUUGUCAACGACGAUUUCGCCAUUACCGAUAAGAUGGGGAACCGUGUUUGCAUUGGUGCCUUCCAACCCAUCACUUCAGCAUUCAGUCUCCUCGGUAACUACGACAUGAUCCUUGGCAUGAGCUUCCUACGAAACGCCUACACGCUACUCGACUACGGCAAUUGGGUCAAGAACACCCAAGAUGACGUCGACCCAUACAUUCAGAUGCUCCCUCUCACCAGCACCGCCCUCGCCAAGGCUGACUUCAUUCAAAUGCGCCUCGGCGGCACCGAUUCAACAGGCGAGGACAAAUGGUCGCUUCUCCCCCAAGAUCAGAUGCAACAUUCUCCCGUCUCAGAGGAAGAGAAGAAGAAGAAAUACCAGGAAGCCGUGCUGAGUCAGUGGCCUUACAUCCUUCUGGGAUGUUUGGCUCUCGUUCUUUUGGUGACGGGAUGCAUUGUGUGGCAUUGCUGCUGCCGUAAGCGAAAGGCUAAAGCCAAAGCUGCUAAGGCCGCGAAAGGUGGUUUCGGAGAAGGGGAGGGCAAGCCUUCGUCAUACCUUCCCUUGCAGGAUCAAGGGAGCCAAGUUAGCUUGCAUAGUCCCUACGGCGCAGGAGGGCAUGGUUUCCCGGGUCGCUAG